UGCAAGGUUAGACGGCGCUUAUGGGCGAUUCGACAGUCCUUGAGCCCUCGGCUCCUAUUGGGCGGUUUGCAGCAUCUGCCAUCGGCUGCCGCCGUUUACCACCAGCUUACCAGUACACCAACCGCACAGGACACCAUCUACACCACCCACUACCAGCUACAAGCUCAGGGACUCCAAAGUGGAGGCAACCAGCCAUACCGUGUUUCAUGGUGCGGUGGUUGUGAUAGUGGCGUUGGUCGUGUUGAUGAGAUCCCGGAUCUGGAUGUUGGUUGGGAGACGUGUGGGGUCGGAGAACGCCAUGCGGUGCUGCGGAAUCCCGCCUUCCGGGCGGACCUCAGCCAGGCGGCCGCCAGAUAG